AUGGUCCAACAGGGUCUUGCGCGAGUGAUAGAUGCUAUCUAUCACACCUCGCUGGUCAUCAGUGGAGUUGAGUACUACUUUGGUCAAGGCAUCCAGACAGCCGCACCUGGCAGUACUCACCAUGGACAGCCGAUGGAGAAGAUCCAUAUGGGGAAGACAGAACUCCCCAGCGAGGUCAUUGAAGAAUAUCUUGGCUCCCUAGCCACUAUAUAUCCCCCAGAGUCCUACGAUCUGUUCCUUCACAAUUGCAAUAACUUUACACAAGACUUUGCCAUGUUUCUUGUGGGAAAAAGUAUCCCAGAGCAUAUCAUAAAUCUGCCUCGCACCUUCUUGGAGACCCCCUUUGGUCAAAUGAUGAAGCCUCAAAUCGAGGCCGCUCUCAAAGGUGUGACACAGGGCACUGGCAUGGGCCCCGUUCCUGGGCCAAGUGCCCAGCCCGCAGCAACGAUACCUCCUCGGGCUCCUACGGCGCCCCCAUCAAUGGGGCCGGCUCCACCGAUACUUGGCAGAGUUCGGAACGUCAGCAAUUUGUCCCAGUUGGAGAGCGAAUUAAGAGCUGCAUCAAACUCUUGCGCUGUAAUUUUCUUCACUUCAUCGACGUGUCCGCCCUGCAAAAUCGUCUAUCCAACGUAUGACGAGCUCGCAGAGGAAGUCGGUGAACACGGAAGGCUGAUCAAGGUGGAUAUCGGCUCAGCCUACGACGUGAGCAUGAAAUAUAACGUGCGCGCAACGCCAACCUUCAUGACCUUUCUCAAGGGUCAGAAACAAGAUCAAUGGAGUGGUGCCAAUCCGGCCCAGCUCAAGGGCAGAGUUCGUAUGCUUUUUGAGCAGGCAAAUCCCCCUCAUCCUCACCGGAACCUACGCCUUCCAAGUCUACAGCGAAACAUUACCAACUUCGUCAUGUACAAGAAGGUUCCACCAUUGGAAAAGCUCGUGCAGAAACUCCCAGCGGCAUUCAAGGAGGCCUCGGGCGUCGCACCAGUCAUAGAAUUCGUCAAACUUCGUCAUUCUACGAGCAACGGCAACACGCCCGCGGCAGAUAUUCGAGUCCCCGAUCUCCACGCCUUCGCUACGACUUUGCAAUCAACCUACACCACUCUUCCCAGCGACAGUCACUUUGCUGUCGUCGACCUGAUCCGCCUCCUAUUCCUUGACCCCCGCGUGAGCGGCUACUUCGCCGAAGAAACCAACCAUGCCACCCUCCUCACUCUCCUCGCCCCCUCUCCCAAGAAGAUCUCUCCUCACCAACUUGCCUCGCCCUCUUCCCUCCUUCGGGAAACCUGCCUCCAACUCGCAACAAACUCUCUUCUAGACUCACACGCUAACCUCCGCGUGGUCGCCGCUUCAUUCGCAUACAACCUCGCCGCAUUCAAUCAUAAUGCCCGUUUCGACGGACAUCCUGAUCGGCUCCCGGAAGAAGACCAGGUCGAAUUGACAGCGUCGUUGUUGGAGGCUGUUUCGCGGGAGGACUCGAGUCCUGAGGCUCUACAUGGUCUUUUGUUUGCACUUGGACUGUUUGUUUAUGAGGCGCCUGUUGAGGGGAUGUUGAUUGAUCUUUGUCGUGCAAUGAGUGUUAGAGAGACUGUUGCUGCUAAGGCUCGGAUUCCGGCUUUGCACAAGGAACCGCUGCUUAAGGAGGUGGGGGAGGAGUUGUUUGGCAAGGGGCUUUAG